GUACACCAACAUCAGUCAUCAAUAUACAAUUUGUACAAAUCAUUGUGCAGUAGGUAGUUCAAUUACAGUUCAGUGAGCGGUUGUAUUACAUUCUUUGAUCUUUCGCUUAUUUAUUUUUUUACUAAAGAUUUGUGUUUAGAUGUAUGGUAACGUAUUAAUUUAACCGGUAUGUAUAUUUACACCAGAAUUGACAAUUAAUUGUAUUAUUAUUUUAAUUAGACUUAACUUUUUACAUUUAAUUUUGUAGACCUGUUCAAUAAACAAAAGCAGUACACAUGGCACCUAGUUUAGAUAAUGUUACAUCAAGUUCUAAAGGAAUUAAACGGCCUUUAAGCAAAUCGCCUUCUGAACCACAAGCAAAACGGGCCAAAGCUAAAACUGCAACUGGUAAAAUUCUGACUAAUGGUACAAAACAAAAUAUUAAAGGUACGGUAAACUGUAAAUUAUGUUAUCAAAUAAAACCAGAAACUGUAACUUAUCCAGAAGAUGCUGAAAUUGAAUGCAUUGUCUUAACCAAUGAGGUAUUGGCAAAUAUUUAUACAGAUGAAUUAAAUGUUAUAACACACAAUGUGACCAACUAUAGUAUUUAUGAUGAAAAUGGACACUUGUGUUCAAUGGAUUCAGGAAUUAUUGAGAGGAAUGUCCCUAUAUUUUUAACUGGUUAUGUAAAACCAAUUUAUGACCAUGAUUCUAGUUUUGAAAAUGGAAUUGCCGUUAAGGAAUUGGGGCCUAUUUUAGAGUGGUUUUUAUCGUCAUAUGAUGGCGGUUCAAAGGUAAUAAUUGGUGUAUCUACUGAUUGUGCAGAUUAUUUAUUGAUAGAACCACACCUGAGCUAUAAAAAGUAUAUGGCAUCUGUAAUUGAGAAGAUACAUCUCAGUAAACUAGUUAUAGAAAGAAUACUUGAUCAUAAAGAAUCUGAUGAUCCAACUUAUGAAGAUAUUUUAAAUUCCGUAGUUAACUCUGUAAAUCCUGCAACUAAUAUCAAAUUUACCGAAGAAGAUCUGAUUGCCCACGCUCAAUUUGUAAUAGACCAAGUCAUAGACUAUGACUCAACUGCUGCUUAUCGUUUUCCGUUAGUUGAUACUCAAUGUAUUGAAACAUUGACAGAACUUUCAGGAGCUGCAAAGUCCGUUAAAGUGCCUCCCAGAAGGUUGAAUACACAUAGAGCAAAUAGUCUGAAAUCUGAUAUAAGUAAACAAGAAUAUAGUAAAGCCACUACCACAAAUUUAGUUAAAGACGUAUUUGAAAAUAUGUUUGCUGCCCAGUUAGAACAGUAUGAUAAAGAAAAUGAAGUAGUUUUAAAUGAAAAUGUGAAAACUGUAUUUGAUGAUAUUAAGUUAAGCAAACAUAUUAUUAAGACCCCCGAGAAAUUGCAUGAAAAUAUGUGUAUUAUUGUAAAAGAAGAUUCUUCAAUUGAUCCUAUAAUUGGUUGUGUUCAAUAUUUAUUUAAAACCCGCUCUAAAAUUAUGGCCCAUAUAAUUUUAUUUAUGCGUGGUAAUCAAACCAUACUUGGUGAUACAUCGGACCCUCGGGAACUAUAUCUCCUUAAAAAGUGUACUGAUAUUGAUAUUAAACAUAUAAUUCAAGUAGCAGAUGUAACAUACAAAAAACCAUCGAAAGAUUGGUUCAAACUUGGUGAUUCAAAGUUGAAAGAUAUUUUAGAACCGGUUGAUCGAAAAAAAAUAAAUACUUUUUUUUAUCAAUUUCAAUAUAAUGAUGAAUUUGGAAGAUUUGAGCAUCCGGAUAGUUCCGAAAUCUUAUUCCGUGGUAAAAAUCAAAACAAAUGUUGUAGUAACUGUAUAAAAAAAGAUUUGGAAAUAAAAACUCAAAUUCCUAAACUACUUAAAUAUAUAGAAAAAAAGGAAGACAUAUAUUAUUUUUUAAACUUCAAAUUACACAAUGAAGAAUAUAAAGUAGGAAGUUUUAUUUAUUUACAACCCGGGAUAUUUACAGAAGCUUUAAGAUUUAACUUUGUUGGGCAUGAACCAUUUGUGUUUAAUGAUACAAAUAAAAAUAAAAAUAGUCCUUUCCUGAAAAAUGUUGAUGAAACAGUAUACCCUGAAUAUUAUCGUAAAACACUGGAAAAUACAAUGCGUGGUUCCAAUGAAUCAACACCGGACCCUUUUGAAAUUGCAGAAAUAAUAAGUAUAUAUGUUACUGAAGGUGAUAAAAAAAAUGUUAAGAUCAUUGUACGCCGUAUGUACAGAGCUGAACAAAUUCCAUUGGGAAAUAAUGACAAAAAUGUGGAUAUGAAUAUGCUAUUUUGGUCAGAGGAAGAGUUUAAAAUAAAAUAUGAUGAUAUAAUUGGAAAAUGUUAUGUAUCCCACAUUACCAACUUUCAAGAUCCCGUUGCUUGGUUUGCUGGUGGACCAGAUCGAUUUUACUUUAAAAGUAAAUACGAUUUUUUAACUGGUACCAUUGUUCCAGAAUAUCAACUUCCAAGUGUAGCAAUAUUGACUGGUAAAGAAGUAUAUGUUAACUAUGACUAUAACUAUGUAAAUGAAAGUAAAAUACAAUAUGUACCUUCUUAUAAGAAAAUCAGUCCACUUAGAGGACUGGACAUAUUUGCAGGUUGUGGUGGAUUGUCUAAAGGAUUAGAAGACAGUGGAUUACUUAAAAGUGAAUGGGCUAUAGAAUGUGAUGAUAAAGCUGCUGCAGCAUUCAAAUUAAAUAAUCCCGAUGCAAUUGUGUUUGUUGAAGAUUGCAAUCUUUUGUUGAAAUUAGCUAUGUCUGGUAAGAAAACUAACGAAGUAAAUCAAAAAAUACCACAAAGAGGUGAAGUAGAUUUUAUUUGUGGAGGUCCUCCAUGUCAGGGAUUUAGUGGCAUGAAUCGGUUCAAUUCUGGUCAAUAUUCAUCAUUUAGGAACUCUUUGAUUGUUUCAUUUUUAUCAUAUAUUGAUUAUUAUCGACCAAAAUUUUUUAUUAUGGAAAAUGUCAGGAAUUUUGUUUCUUUUAAUAGAGGCAUGGUUUUAAGAUUAACUCUCAGAUGUAUUACACGCAUGGGCUACCAGUGUACAUUUGGGAUUCUUCAAGCAGGUAAUUUUGGUGUCCCUCAAACUAGAAGGAGGUUAAUAAUAAUGGCCGCAGCUCCUGGUGAAAUAUUACCAUCUUAUCCAGAGCCGACUCAUGUUUUCAAUAAGAGAAGCUCAAGUUUAAAUGUACAAAUUGGUGAAAAAAAGUAUAAAACAAAUUGCAAGUAUGAAGAAUCUGCUCCUAUGAGAACCGUAACAGUGUACGAUGCUUGGUCUGAUUUACCUGAAAUAAAAAAUGGAGCAAAUAAUGAAGCAAUUCCAUACAAACAUAAGCCCAUAACACACUUACAGAAAUUACUGAGGUAUCCAAAUAAUCGUUUCUCGGAAUCUAUAUUAACUGAUCAUAUCUGCAAGGAUAUGUCACCCUUAGUGCAAGCGAGAAUGGAAUUGAUUCCUGUAAGUGAAGGUAGUGAUUGGAGAGAUCUACCGAAUAAAGUAGUACAACUAUCUGAUGGAAGUAAGACAAACACUCUAGUAUAUACUCAUCACGAUUCAAAGAAUGGCGAAGGACCGGGCGGUGCAUUUAGAGGAGUUUGCCCAUGUGCUAGUGGAAAGAAAUGUAGUCCACAAGAUAGGCAAACUAACACAGUAAUCCCUUGGUGUUUGCCACAUACCGCAAAUCGACAUAACAAUUGGGCAGGAUUAUAUGGACGGCUCGCAUGGACAGGAUUCUGUUCGACAACAAUAACAAAUCCUGAGCCAAUGGGUAAACAAGGUCGGGUACUUCACCCUAAUCAACAUAGAGUAGUCAGUGUGCGAGAGUGUGCACGAUCACAGGGUUUUAAUGAUGCAUUUUUAUUUUACGGUCCAAUUAUUAACAAACAUCGGCAAAUAGGGAAUGCAGUACCACCACCUAUGGGUAAAGCAAUUGGACAUGAAAUAAUUAAUGCUAUAAAUAAAAAAAUCUCAUGACACAUGUAUAAAUAAAGAUUAAUACAAAAAAAAAACAAUUUCUCAUUUUGUACAAAAAAUUUGUUUUUUUCUUUUCAACAGAAGAGGAGUAUAUUUUAUUGUAUUUAUAACUCUAUGUUUAUCUAAUUUUGGAAUAUUGUCCACUGUUUUUAAUACCUAAUUAAUUAUAUAUUUUAAGCUUAUUGAUUUUAUUGUUUUUUUUUUCUAGAAAAAAAAAAUAAAGUUGAAUUUAUUUUUCA